GAUGUCUGGCGAUCAAGGCGGCGGCGUGCCGUACAUCGGGUCGCGGAUCAGCUUGAUCUCGAAGACAGACAUUCGGUACGAAGGCCUCCUGUUUAACAUCGACACGCGGCAAAGCAUGGUGGCGCUGCAGAACGUUCGCUCCUUUGGAACGGAAGGACGCCGCCCUGACCACAUCCCUCCAUCCGAGACUGUGCUGCCAUACGCAACGUUUAAGGCUUCGGAAAUCAAAGAUUUGCACGUGUGCGAAGCCGCUGCACCUCCCCCACUUCCCCCCAAGCAGCACCCCCCCCCACCUGCUCCAGCAGCGUCACCGCAGACUCAUGCUCCGCCACCGCCGCCACCAGUCGCAGGUCCAGUGCAGCCUCCGAUGCCGCAACCACAUCGUGCGCCCCCUCCGCCGCUGCCAAAGCAGCCCAUUGCCCAACCUGCCGCCUCGUCGCAGUACCAGCAGCCACCACUGCCGGUUUCCACUCGUCCUGCCUCUCCCAAGCGAACAUUCGCUCCCCAGCCAGCUUCGAACGCACUGUUGACUCCAGGUGCCGUGUCCAAGUCGAACCCUGUCCAUUCCGUACAACAGGUUGAACACCAACAUCAUGGCGAACCUACUCGUCAUGUUGAGCAUGCAUCGUCGGAGCCAUCGUACCACAAGGUAACCCCUCCUCAAGCGCCUACUUCGGAGGCACAUGCAGCGCGUACGAUUCCUGGGAUGGGCGGUCAUCUCUUGCGUCGCAAGGAACGCCGCGUGCCGAACGAAUCCGGUCUUCCUGACGGCCCCAGCGCCAGUGGCGAAUUUGACUUUGCUGGUGGGUUGGGCGACUUUGACAAGGCCAAGGAGUUUUCCAAGCUCACAAUUGACGAAACUGCACGCCCCGUGGUGAAGGGGUCGUACCAAAAGUCGUCGUUCUUUGACACGAUCUCGUGCGAUGCUUUGGACCGCCUCGAAGGCAACAGCAGUCGCAUGCGUGCCCAGGAAGAGCGCAAGCUCAAUACGGAAACAUUUGGCGCCGUGAGCCUGAACAACCGCCGGCCGUACCGCGGCAACCGUCGCAACAACGGCAGCGGCAAUGGAAACGGAAGCGGCUCCGGGAGCAAUGGGUACAGCAACGGAGGCGGCCAACGCAGCAACGUGAACAAUGGCCAGCGGCAAGGGCAGCCUCGCCAGGACGGCAACCGUGGCCAUCGCAACAACAACAACCUCAAUCAAGCGCAGCCCCGGAGUGGCGGUCGCAAUCGCCGUGGCCAAGCUGUCACACCAAACGAAUAAGGUAACACCAGUAGACACGACGACCGGUGUCGGGAGAUAGUUAGGAACCACGUGAUGCUGAUGCGGUAACAAAAGUUCGUUGAUAUCGUG